CGUCUAUGAACUAGCUAACUCUCGGACGCGACGUAUACGCACGGCGGCGCGAACGAGCGCAUCGAGGCGCAAUUCUCGUCAACAGAUUUGGCCACAGCGACAAAUCGCUCGGUGUGCCAGCUGAGCUCUACAGCGUGGCCAGCAAGGCCUGGUGCAUCAUCGCUGCACAAACGCACGACGCACGCGACGCCUUCAUUCGCGAGCGCACGGUUCGCAGUGGUCGUCUAACGACCAGCAAGACCAGCACGCAGCCUUGCAAAAGCCAACUCACAGCCGUCUCAGCCGGUAGCACUCGGUAACCAUGGUCCCCGCCCUCACGCAACCAACAAGAUCUUAUAUAGACGGCACGCCGACGCAGCGGCGACUAGGGUUUGUCGCCGCAUCCAUCUUCAGCGCUACUUAUGUGAUCGCGCCCGUCUACUUACUUAUCACGGGCGUCACGCUCGUCCGAGCGAAAAGGCCGCUGUCCAGAGACGUGUGGCUCCUCACCCUACCUCUGAUAGCCUCGGCCCUCAUCCCGGCCAAGAUCCUGCCCAAGUUCGGCCGCUGGCUCCUCCAGACGAAAUUCAUGGCCUGCGUGCCGUACUAUUUUGAAUACGAAGAAUAUCACGAGAUCACGGACCAAGAAGUCCUGAAGCUCCACGAGGAGGGCAAGCGCGUGAUUGGGUGCAUGCACCCGCACGGCGUGUUUCCCUUUGUAAGCGUGUGUGCGGUCACGUCGACGCUCCAAGCUAAAGAUGGCUUCGGGGACGGCAUCCUCGACCUCCCGACGGCCGUCGCCAACGUGAUCCGGACGAUGCCCAUCCUGAAGGACGUGGUGGGGGUCUUCGGCUGCAUCGACGCCUCCGGCUCGUACUUGAAGUCGCGACUCCAGCGGAGGAAGGGCUCCGUGGUCCUCUACGUCGGCGGCAUGGUCGAGCUCUUCUACGCGUCUCCUAAAAAAGAGACGGUCUUCCUCAAGCAGCGCAAGGGCUUCGUCAAGCUCGCGUUACGCACUGGAGCCGACCUCGUACCCGUGUACUUAUUUGGCAACACCACUUCACUAGAGGCUUUAAAAUGGCCCAUCCUCGCCAAAAUCUCGCGGAAGACGGGCGUGUCCUUCACGCUGUUCUGGGGGCGGUGGUUUUUACCAUUGCCAAAAAAAGUGAAGCUGACCUACGCGCGCGGCCGGCCUUUAGGGUUACCUCAUAUUGAGAACCCCACCGAUGCCGAUGUCGAAAAGUACCACGCGUUGUACGUCCAAAAGCUCGUGGAGCUCUUCGACCGGUACAAGAAGUUCAAUCCCGACUACGCGGAUAAACAGCUGGCGGUGGAGUGAUAAUAAGUAUUAAUUCAUUUAGGAGCCUUG